AGCGGAGAUACUGUGGGCAUUAAAAAUCAUGAAUUCGCACUACUCAUUCAAGUCAUCCGAGGACACAAGCCGUCUUUUCGUCGCCAUGUUCCCGGACAGCCAGAUUGCAGCCAGAUUUUCCUGCGGUGAGAGAAAGUGUGCAUAUGUCUGCACAUUUGGGCUUGCUCCGUAUUUUAAGAGACUCUUAUUGGCAGAAGUGUCCCAACAAACGGCAUAUGUAGUGCUGUUUGACGAAAGCCUAAACCACCAUUUGCAGUCUAAACAAAUGUAUUUACACGCGAGGCUGUGGGAUGGAGCAGAAGUAAAGACUAAAUACAUUGGCUCGGAAUUUUUGGGACAUUCCACUGCAGUUGAUAUCGUAGAAAAGAUGAGCAAAGCGCUGUCCGAGACAGGAGUUAAUAACCUCAUCCAGCUGUCUAUGGACGGGCCACACGUGAACUGGAAAGCAUUUGAACUUACACAGAAAGAGAUGCAGAAGCAGGUGGACAAAUCGCUUCUCAACAUUGGUUCUUGCGGUUUGCAUAUCUUGCACAACGCGUUCAGAGAUGGAUGCAAAGCUACCGGCUGGGACAUUGAGCAUACACUCUCAAGCCUAUACUGGCUUUUCCACGAUUGUCCUGCUCGUCAUGAGGACUUUGUCACCGCCACUGGAUGCAGCAUCGUGAUGCUCAAGCUCUGAAGACACCGUUGGCUUGAAAAUGUUAGUGUGUCUGACCGAGCUUUGAAGCUUUGGCCCUACGUGACAACCUUCGUAGAGAUGGUGUGUAAGGGUGAUCUAACGGAUCCUAAGGUUAAGUCUUUUGAGGCUGUGAAAAACAGUUCCAAGGAUCCUCUGUUCAUCCCAAAAGUGAUGAUCUUCAACAGCAUCGCAAGAGAGAUCGCCCCCUUCCUCACCCUCUAUCAGACGGAUAAGCCUAUGUUACCCUUCCUCAGCGAGGAUAUGUUUCAACUGAUGAAAGGACUCAUGAGGCGAUUCUGCAAAGAGAAACCCCUGAAGGAGGCCACCUCAAUCCUGAAGCUUCUCCAUAUCCCUCUGCAGGACAGCAGCCUACACAAGGAUACCACCAAAAUCAACCCGGGAUUCUUAGCUGAAACCUGUCUUAACCAACUGAAAUCCACCAACAAUAUAUCAGAGAGGCAGGUACUGGAACUUAAGAUGGAAUGCAAAACAUUCUUGAUCACAAUACUGGAGAAGCUACAGAAUAAGGCUCCUGUGAACCACCAGCUAGUGAGAAGUAUGCGGUGCCUUGACCCAAGAUGCAUGGCUGAAUCCAAAGAAGUGUGCCUGGCUCAAAUGAAAAGGAUGCUACACCACCUUGUUGGGGCUAACCAUGUGGAGGAGUCAGCGUGCGAUGACAUGCUUCGAGAAUUUGGAGAGUUUUGUGAUUUUGCUGCCCUUCAAGCCAGCUUCAGGGAGUUUGACCCCAAGACAGACAGAGUGGACACUCAACUACAUGAGACAAUGGGAACCAACAAAGCUUUCUCCAAGGUAUGGCAUGUGGUGAAGAUGCUGCUAGUUCUCUCUCAUGGACAGGCGAGUGUUGAGAGAGGGUUCUCAAUCAACAAGGAGCUGAUUGUGGAGAAUCAGAAGGAGGCCUCUCUGGUUGCUCAGAGGCUCAUCGUUGGCCAUAUCAGAUCUGUUGGUGGUGUAACUAAUGUGCAACUCACCAAAGAGCUUUUGAUCUCGGUUUCUGGAGCAAGACAAAGGUACCACAGCUACUUGGAUGACCAGAAGAGGGCCACUGAUAAGGAAAAGAGUGUGCAAAAAAGAAAGGCUCUUGCAGAUGAGCUGGAUGAACUUAAAAAGAAGAGGGCCAGAGUAGAGAACGACAUUAGUGCACUGGAGAAGUCGGCAGAUGAGUACGCUGACAAAGCUGAAUCCAUUGGUAAACUGACUUUCAUCACAAAAUCUAACAGUUUGCGUCGCACUGCCAAAGAAAAGAAGGCAUCUCUUCAAGACCUUGAAAAGAAAAUUGAUGAGAAGCUCGCUGAGAUGAAGCACUAAGCUGCCAUGUGACUGUUACCAUUUAAAAUGUUGUUAAAAGUGAAUACAAGGACACUCACAGUACAAAGAUUUGUUCCACAUUGAGUUCCAGACUUUGCAUAUUCCAUCUCUAAGUUUAGGAGUGGAAGUUCACUUUGGAAGAAUUAUUUAUUUUAUUUAUAUUAUGUGUUUUUUAUUUUGACAACUCAUAUACUGUGAGCUGGGGAAUCAGUAGUUAGCACUGGCAUUCCUACCCCAAUGCACUAUUUCUCUCUGUCUUUCUCAUCCAUUCUCUCUUUUUCUCAUGCUCUCUGAUAGAAAAUGUGAUGCCAUUUUUUAUUUAUCUUUUGAGACAUUGGCAGAAAUGUUCAACUAUUCGAAUUAAAAUAUGAGAGAAUGUA